AUGAAAAACCUAACAGCAGAAGACAUGGUCAUCGCCUUGCUAGUUGCCCUGUUCCUGCGUAAAUCAGAUCGCAUUCAGAAAGCCAUUGAGAUGUGGAACGAAUGUUUGGUUUUGCUGAAUAACACCGAUAAAAACAGCAAAGACCAAUUUAAUUCCCUCCGCCAUCAAAUUUACAAAGCUAUCUAUUUAGUUCUUUUCAGAGCUUAUCGUCGUAUCUCUGACUACAAAAGUGCGGAAAGAUACGGCAGGAAACUGCUUGUCUUAUACAGCGAGUCUGGUGACUUAGCAAUAGAAGGAGAUGUAAGCAUGGCUCUAGCAGAGAUUGUUGAGAGUCAAAACAGGUUUACAGAUGCCAAACAACUUUAUGAAAAAGCAAUUGAUAGAAAGAGACAAACUGGUGAAAAACUUAGAGAAGCAAGCGCCUGCGCUAGAUUAGGAGCUAUGUUUUAUAAACUUGGCGAAAACCUAAAGGCGAAGGAGUAUGUUGAGAGGGCCCUUGCCAUAAGAACCGAAAAUGGCGACAGAAGAGGAGAAGCAUCCUGCUACCAAAGCUUAGCAGCGUUGCAUCAGUCGCUCGGGGAAUGCAACAAGGCUAAAGAAUAUCUCCAUAAAGCGCUUCUCAUCUCAACUGAAAUUAGCGACAGAAAAAAAGAAGCAUCAUGUUAUGGGAACCUAGGUUAUGUGUGCGUGUCUCUUGGACAAUACAACAAGGCUGAAGAGUAUCUCCAAAAAGCGCUUGUCAUCAGAACUGAAACUGGCGACAGAAGAGGAGAAAUAUCAUGUUAUAUAAACUUAGGUUGUGUGUUUAUGUCUGUCGGGCAAUACGACAAGGCUAAAGAGUAUCUCCAAAGAGCGCUUGUCUUUAGCACUGAAAUUGGUGACAGAAGAGGAGAAGCAUCGUGUUAUGGAAACCUAGGAUGUGUCUUUGAGUAUUUCGGGCAAUACGACAAAGCUAAAGAGUAUGUCCAAAAAGCGCUCGUCAUCAACACUGAAAUUGGCGACAGAGGAGGAGAAGCAUCGUGUUAUGGAAACCUAGGCUAUGUGCUUAGCUCUCUCGGGCAAUACGACAAGGCUAAAGAGUAUCUCCAAAAAGCGCUUCUCAUCAGAAUUGAGAUUAAUGACAGAAGAGGUGAGGCAGCUGACAACAGAAACCUUGGUACUGUGUUUCUGUCGCUCGGGCAGUACGAGAAGGCUAUAGAGUAUCUCCAAACAGCGCUUGUCAUUAGCACUGAAAUUGGCGAUAGAGAAGGAGAGGCAGCUGACUACGGAAGCCUAGGUAAUGUGUUUGAGUCGCUCGGGCAAUACGACAAGGCUAAAGAGUAUCUCCAAAAAGCGCUUGUCAUCAGCACUGAAAUUGGCGACAGAAGAGGAGAAGCAUCGUGUUAUACAGACCUAGGUGAUGUCUUUGAGUGUCUCGGGCAGUACGACAAGGCUGUAGAGUAUCUCCAGAAAGGGCUUGUCAUUGCAACUAAAAUUGGCGACAAAAAAGGAGAGGCAUCUACCUACGGAAACCUAGGUACUGUGUUUAAGUCGAUCGGGCAGUACGGCAAGGCUGAAGAAUAUCUCCGAAAAGCGCUUGUCAUCAGCACUGAAAUUGGCGACAGAAGAGGAGAGGCAGCUGACUACGGAAACCUAGCUACUGUGUUUUGGUCGCUUGGGCAAUACGACAAGGCUAAAGAGUAUCUCCAAAAAGGGCUUGUCAUCAGCACUGAAAUUGGCAACAGAAGAGGAGAAGCAACAUGUUAUGGAAACUUAGGUCAUGGGUUUACGUGUCUCGGGCAAUACGACAAGGCUGAAGAGAAUCUCCAAAAAGCGCUGGUCAUCUCAACUGAAAUUGGCUACAGAAAUGGAGAGGCAUCUACCUACGGAAACCUAGGUACUGUGUUUCUUUCCCGCGGGCAAUACGACAAGGCUAAAGAGUAUUUCCAAAAAUCGCUUGUCAUCAGCACUGAAAUUGGCGACAGAAGAGGAGAGGCAGUUAACUACGGAUACCAAGGUAUCUUGUUUGAGUCUCUCGGGCAGUACGAAAAAGCUGAAGAGUAUUUCCAAUUAGCGCUUGGCAUUAGAAAUGAGAUCGGCGACAGAGAAGGAGAAGCAGCUGACUACGGAAACCUAGGUACUGUGUUUUGGUCGCUCGGCCAAUACGACAAGGCUAAAGAGUAUCUCCAAAAAGCGCUUGCCAUAAGAAUUGAAAUUGGUGACAGAAAAGGAGAGGCAUCAUGUUAUGGAAACCUAGGUCAUUGGUUUCAGUCGAUCAAGCAAUACGGCAAGGCCAAAGAGUAUCUUGAAAAAGCGCUCGUUAUCAGAACUGAAAUUGGUGAUAAGGAAGGGGAAGCAGCAGAUCUUGGAAACCUUGGAAUUAUGUAUAGAAAGUUUGGAGAUUAUGAAGCUUCGGAAGUAUGCUUAGAGAAAGCUUUAUCCAUAUCCAGAGAUAUUGGAGAUAGAAGAAAAGAGUUCCAAACCUUACAAGAGUACGCUAUUUUGUAUUUAUGUCAAAAUAAAAUCAAAGACUCCUUGUCGUGUCUUCAUCUGUGCAUUGAAAAGUAUGAGGAGCUGAGAUAUUUCUUGGGCGCCAAUGAUCAUUUCAAAACAUCAUUUCUGGAGGACUCAGGAAUAUUUCCCUACAAGCUUCUUUGUACUCUGCUUUGUAACACCGGAAAAACUCGUGAUGCUCUUUAUGUUGAGGAGUUGGGUCGAGCUAGAGGCCUAUCAGACUUGAUGGCAGAGAAGUACUCGGUUGAAACGCACGUCCCUGCUAAUCUGCAAUCUUGGUUUUGUAGUGAAAACAUUUUAAGAAAGAAAAAUAACUCUACUUGUCUGUACAUUUCUUAUUUUCACAAUGAUCUGCAUUUGUGGAUCUUGAAAACAAGUGGAGUCCUUCUCUAUAGAAGAGUAUCACCAGAAGAUAAUCUAGUUCACGCUGGGUUGCCCGAAGAUUUGCCUCUGAGUGAGUUUUUGGCUGAUAGUUUCCGGAGUCUUGGUAUUUUGCCCACUGAAGAUUGUGAAGAUCGGUCUUUAAAUAUGGUUGAAUUGCAACCUCUCUCACCCGAACAAAAGAGCUCAGCAAGAAUGCGACUCGUGGAGGAGGACGAGGACGAGGACGAGGACGAGGACAAGGAGGUCAUUUCAAGUCUAUCUUUGUGUUACAAAAUGUUUAUUGCCCCUGUUUAUGAUUUGCUUGAGGAGCCUGAAGUCAUUAUUGUUCCUGACCGCAGUUUGUACAAAGUUCCCUUUGCAGCCCUGAGUGAAAAGGAGGGAGCCGAAUACCUGUCAGAGACUCAUAAGAUCCGUGUCAUUCCUUCUUUGACGACACUCAAGAUCAUUCAAGAUAGUCCAGAGGAUUAUCACAGCAACACUGGUGCCUUGAUAAUAGGCAAUCCCAAGGUUCAUUGGCUGCCGUCAUUGCCAUGUGCAAGAAAGGAAGCGGAGAUGGUCGGACGACUGGUGGGUGUUCCGCCUCUGCUAGAAGAGGAAGCAACAAAGCAGGCGGUACUUGAGCGGAUAAGUUCAGUGGGCUUGAUACAUUUUGCUGCCCAUGGUAAGGCCGAAAGGGGAGAAAUUGCCCUCUCCCCCAUUCCUAUUCCCAACAGUCAAAAUGCUAUCCCACCACAGGAUGCUUACAUGUUGACGAUGGCUGAUGUCUCACGAGUGAAAGUCAGAGCUAAACUGGUGGUACUUAGUUGCUGUCACAGUGGAAGAGGACAGAUAAGAGCCGAAGGAGUUAUAGGAAUUGCCCGUGCGUUCUUAGGAUCUGGUGCUCGCUCGGUGUUAGUUGCGCUGUGGGCCAUUUCAGACUUAGCAACGGAGCAGCUGAUGAAUCGGUUCUACAAACACCUUGUUGAAGGAGAAAGUGCCAGUGAAUCCCUUCAUCAGGCCAUGAAGUGGAUGAGAAAAAACCGCUUUACCAAAGUGUCUGAGUGGGCUUCGUUUACACUGAUUGGAGAUGAUGUGAAGCUCGAGUUUCACAAUCAGAGGUGA